GGCGGUGGCAGCGACGGCGGUGCAAAGGGCUCUCAUCUCCUCUCCCUCCGUCCCCUUUCCCCUUCCCGUGCCCGGUGCUUCCUGAGUUCGUUCCCAGCCGGCGAGGCUCACGCACCGACUUGGUUCGUCGCGGCGGCGGUUGGGAUCGGAGCUUGGAGAGGCUCGCAGAUGGGUCAGGGGCUGUGGAGAGUGGCUAGGAACCAGCAGCUGCAACACCAAGGAUACAGUGGGCAAGGCUAUCUCACCAGAGAGCAUGGUAGAAGAUUAGCGACUAACAGCAUUUCAAACACAAACCAUCGUAAACAAGCCCAAGGAGGAAUUGACAUCUACCAUCUGUUGAAAGCAAGAAAAUCUAAAGAACAAGAAGGAUUCAUUAACUUGGAAAUGCUGCCCCCUGAGCUUAGUUUUACCAUUUUGUCAUAUCUGAAUGCAACUGACCUCUGCCUGGCUUCUUGUGUCUGGCAGGAUCUUGCUAAUGAUGAGCUUCUCUGGCAAGGGUUGUGCAAAUCCACUUGGGGACACUGCUCUAUAUACAAUAAGAAUCCACCUCUAGGAUUUUCUUUUAGAAGAUUGUAUAUGCAGCUGGAUGAGGGCAGUCUCACCUUUAAUGCCAACCCUGAUGAGGGAGUUAACUACUUUAUGUCCAAGGGUAUACUGGAUGAUUCACCAAAGGAAAUAGCUAAGUUUAUAUUUUGUACAAGAACACUAAAUUGGAAGAAACUGAGGAUCUAUCUUGAUGAAAGGAGAGAUGUUUUGGAUGACCUUGUGACACUGCACAACUUCAGAAAUCAGUUCUUGCCAAAUGCACUGAGAGAGUUUUUCAAACACAUUCAUGCCCCUGAGGAGCGUGGGGAGUAUCUUGAGACUCUUAUAACAAAGUUCUCACACAGAUUCUGUGCUUGUAAUCCUGAUUUGAUGAGAGAGCUUGGCCUUAGCCCUGAUGCAGUUUAUGUACUAUGCUACUCUUUGAUUCUGCUUUCCAUUGAUCUUACCAGCCCUCAUGUGAAGAACAAAAUGUCAAAGAGAGAAUUUAUCCGAAACACACGACGUGCUGCUCAGAACAUUAGUGAAGAUUUUGUAGGGCACCUUUAUGACAACAUCUACCUUAUUGGCCAUGUGGCUGCCUAAAAGCACAAUUUGCUAGGACUAAGAAUUUGUAGUUUACAAGAACUAAAGCUACCCAAGGAGUUAAUUAUUUUGUAGAUAUGGGGGUUAUAUUAGUGCUGGUCAUUCUAACCUCUGUAUACAAUCACAAUGCGUGUUGUAUGUACUACCUUUUUUAGCAAUUUACCAUGGGAACCGAAGGAUUUUGCAGAAUUUUUUCUUAAUUUUGUUUGUUUUGCACAAGCAGUGCCAUUAGUCUGACACAGCCAUUUAUGAAUGUUAAACUGACAUUACAAUCUAAAGCUGACAAGAUGGUGGAUUUGUGCAUUAGAUUUGCUUGAAAACUUUAACCAGUUCCAUUCUUUUUUAAAAUACCAUGUAAUGUGUACAUAUUUAACUAAAGAGAUUUAUAAUCAUAA